AUGCUAUUUAAGACUUAUACUAAGCCCCGCAUACCACGAUACUAUAGAAAGUUAACUUCGAACUGUGCAGCAUAUGCCGAGGCCUGGCAGAACGGAAAAUCGUCAAAAUUUAACAUGAAUUACGACUGGAUCUUAGACGGCGGAUAUUUGCCGCAUGCUAUCAUCAGGUUUGGUAUCCGACAACAGCUUCGACAUCGCUUGACGACUAUUGCGAGCAAGUCUGCAAGCGUCGCUUAUGACACAAAAAUGUCUUUCAUUGAGAGGCUCCGGACACGACCUAUGGCGAUUGAAACGGAUGCGGCAAAUAAGCAACAUUAUGAGGUCGGAACUGGUGUAUUUGCUGCUUGCCUAGGGCCACGAAUGAAAUAUUCUUGCUGCUUAUAUCCUCAGGGUGACGAGACACUUGCCCAGGCAGAAACUGCCAUGCUCCGCUCUUAUAUCGACAAAGCUGAUUUGAAAGACGGCAUGAGCAUCCUUGACCUCGGAUGUGGCUGGGGUUCUGGUGCAUUGUAUUUUGCGGAAAUGCUACCUGGAUCAGAAAUCACGGCAUUUUCGAAUUCUAGAACUCAAAAACGACACAUAGAAACGGAGGCGGCUCGUCGAAAUCUUAGCAACAUAAAGGUUAUUACUGGUGAUGUAGUAGAUUACGAAUUCGAAUCUGAGAUGUAUGAUCGGAUAGUCUCCAUUGAGCUUUUUGAGCACAUGAAGAACUACGAGCUUCUAAUGGCAAAGGUUUCCCGGGCAUUAAGACCUCAAGGCAAGCUCUUUGUGCACAUUUUCGCCCACCUCACCACACCGUAUGACUAUGAAGACGGCUGGAUGACGACUCAUUUCUUUACAGGAGGCACAAUGCCUUCUGCGGAUCUGCUGCUCUAUUUUCAGAAAGAUCUCAGGAUCAAGAAGCAAUGGUGGGUCAACGGGUUACACUACUCGAAGACUUGUGAGGACUGGUUAUCAUCCAUGACAGCGAAUAAGGCAAGAAUGUGGCCCCAUUUGAUAGAAACUUAUGGAGAGAAAGAUGCCGCAACUUGGUAUUACCGGUGGCACAUAUUCUACAUGGCUUGUUCUGAGUUGUUCGCAUACAAUGGAGGUGAUACAUGGGGCGUUUCACACUACUUGUUUGAGAAGCAGGCUUCUGCUUAG